CAGAAUAAUGAUAUUAUUUGUAUCAAUUUUGAUCAUUGUUUGUUUAUUUGUCUAUACCUUUUUUUCUUUUUUUCUUUUUUUUCUUCACUCCUCGAAUAUACUCUUCUUACUUUUUAUCACAUCUCUUUUCUAUAAAUUAUAUUAUAUUACCUCAAUAAAACAAAUUAUUCAAAUGAAAAACGUGUUCAUCAUUCUUUGUUCUCUUUGGUUGUCCUUUGUAGCUGGCGCGUUGAUCUUACCGCAAGAUCAUGAACAAUGGAAAAUAGGACAAAAGCAUACUGUAUCUUGGGAUCAUUCCUUGUACACUGAUGCGGAUACUGUGAAUGUAUUUGUGGAUGAAGAUCGGUCCAUUUCGUUGGGACAUGGUUCGGCUUUAGUAGGAAGACUAGAUGUUGAAUUACCUUCGCAACUUGCUUCAUUCAAUGGUCAAUUGAUUCAUAUCGUUGCCGUUUUUCGUCGCGAUCUUCAUCUGUACAAUGUUGAAAACGUUGCCGUUCAAUUGUCACAAUGAUCAAUUCUGCCAAUUCAUUUUUUUCUCUCUUUAGUUAAUGUUUUGCUUGCUUCCGCACCUCAGUUGUCUUUCAAUGUUCUCGAUUGAAAUAAAAC